AUGCUUGGGAAGCUCUUUAACCUCGGCGCCGGCUCCGGGACCGGGGCCAUGCCCUCGCCCCAGCCCUCGUCACACAGGCCUUUCCCGCUCGAGUCGGUUCAAGAAGAUAUCCACACGCGACAUCUGCUCUUUCCAGAUCCCCAGGAUCUGUAUGAGCACCGCGUCAGUCAGUUGUACCCUCUGUCUAGCGGCGCCACGACCCCGACCGGAUCUACGACAAACGCCUACGACUAUAACGCCGACAUCGAGCUUGACGUGCGCGAUGUCCGCCUCAUCAUUAUGCAGGAUGCCCUGAGCUCCGUCGCAGCCUCUCUCCUGUAUGACAGCCAACCCGCCCCGCCUCCGCGCCGGAAUCCUGCCUCCCCGCGGAAACCCAGCGUCAGCUACUCGCAGCGUCCCAUCAUUAUCCAGCCUGGCAGCCCUAAGAUUCGGCAGGGCGCUUUCGACAGGAGGCCCUCGGUCCACAGCCGCAACCAGGGCUCCGUGGAAAGCGAAUCCCAGCGUGCGUGGCGCGAAUACCGCGAGGAGUUGGCUACUUUUUCUAGCUGCAUAUUUGGCAACUCGGAGCUCAUGGCAUACAAGGGAACAUCGACCAAGGUCCAUGUUGUGCCCUCAGAGGUUCGCCCGAACGAGUCGGGCCCCAUGUUUGGGGACGGCCGCGGCUCGUUAGGAAGGUCUACUAUGAGAGCGAGCCGGCUUUCCCAAUCCUUUUCUUCCGAGAACCCCCCACCAUUCCCUCCACCUCCCGCGCCAGGGGGGCCAAACCGGAAUCAGGACAGGAAGAAGGUCCUGAUAACGAGGUUGUUUCCCGUCAAUCUCCCAGUUGAAGAAGAGAUGCCGUCGUUUCAGGGCGGCUUUUCCGAGGAAACGGCAGGCUAUCCGUUCCCGCAAACCGCCGAAGACAUGAAGGCCAAGAAGAAGCGGUUCCAGCCGAGGCAGAAAAGGACGCCCAUGUACGCAGUGGCCCUUAUCAUUACUCUGCCUCCUUCGUCGCAUUCCGUCCCAGCAACGUUACGUUCCGGUUUCAAAGGGCCCAGUUCUUAUGCCGAACAAGAUUCAUUCCCGUCGUCUUUCGGCUCCACCCGGCGCUCCGGCUGGACGAUGGUCGGCCAGGGAGGAUUUGGCGGAUCUGAGUCCUUAGAGUCGAGUUACGGCAACGACAUGGAGGAUCAGAUCGAUGCCAUUACCCAGCAUUGGGACAUCAUCAUGCGCACAUUGAGUCAUCUACAGACUGUGGUUGCUACCACCCUGUUUACCAUGCUCAGGCAAAUUGAUCUCGCAUCCCCGGACCCGCUUCCCGCUCUAUCUCUCCAGCUGGCCAGGACUUCCUCGGCACCUGGUCGGCGCACCGAGGAGGGACAGUCGGUCAAGAUCCCCAAGACAAACGCCAAGCACAUUACACUGCUCCCCAACUGUCUACUCGACAACCGGAAAAUCAGCAUUGAAAUGGAUGCCGCAAAGGCUAGAAUCGUUGCCGGCAUUCGAGCUUCACGCGUGACAACUGGCCAGAACCGGUGGCCGAUAUGGCGGGAGGAAGCUCGCUGGAUGGCGAAGUGGGCUGGCGGAAAGGAGCAAGGCUUUUUUUUCUUCAACCUACUCACGGGUUUCCUCGCGACCCAUACCGACUGGCUCCAAGCAUUAAGCCCGCCAGCCUAUCGCCGGCGACAUCCUUUCCAGCAGCAUAAAGGUCGCUCAGAAGAAGACACUCUAGUACCGUCUCGAACGGUGAUCCUGAGCGACGACAAGAUCGCCGCGCGGCGACUGGUCUUUUUGCUGUCGGCUUUCCUACCGGCCUCCCAGCAGCUUCCCGGCAUCAAAGCACAUAGGCCAAGCACUCCGGCGUCUUUUGGCGCCCUUUCCCAGUCUCCUCCAUCUUUUGUCGUCCCCAUCCUCAAAGAGGAGUCGCUGCGCAGGAAAAUAAACCGCCGGACAGGCACCCGCAUGCCGUCACAUUCCCGCAAUUUAAGCUUACAGACGCACAACGCGCGCUCAGGAGCCGUCCCUCCCCCCCUAGCGCACCUAAGUAUGGAAGGCAGGCAUGAAAGGCGAGCUUCUGAUGCUGCUUCGAUCCGGACCACCCACCUGCCGAUUCGUGGGAGCGACCUGCACACCCGAAAGAGCAGCGCUGCCACCACUGCGACCAUUCUGCCGGAGACUAGUAUCCCGCACUUCUCUACCGCUCAUCGAGCCGAGCUUUUCGCCCAGGGUCGCCCCAGCAGCAGCAACAGCAUCGCUGCGGAUGAUUUGAAGCGGCUCACUAGGGAUGACAGUCCAGGAUCUCAGGGCUCAACGGCCGGCGAACGCAGGCAGAGCUCGAGAUGGAGUGUUAUCAGCACCCUCUGGAGUGCUCGGAGGAGGGAUUCGACGAGCAGGUCCCCCGUGCCUAGUGACGGGCAAAAUGGGUUCCCUGCGUCACCAGUAAAGCCACGGCAGUCUUCAAUUGCAGCAUCCUCUAAGACGGCACCACCGGAAGUAGGGGUAGUAGCCCCCACGGGAGGCGCGGUUGGCGAUGCCCGCGAUGACGAGAAUAUCGGUCCGAGAGAUCCCACGCCGCCACCGCGUGCCUCCCCCGACAGCCCGGCACCCUGUGAGCAAGCCGGAGUCCCGCGAAAGGCACAGAGGAUAGCAGACCCAUCGAGCGCCUUUGAGUCCCCCGUCAAGACGUCGAUUAAUAUAGAUGACGGAAUCAUCGACGUGGAUGUCCCGUUGCCGGACUUCAUCACGUCGUUCGAAAGCGCUGUAAGCUCGCCGUCAAGCAGUGGCUAUCUCUCCGCCUCGGGAUUCGGUACUGGUCUCGACGCUUUCGAGCAAUCCUUCCGCUUUGCCGCCGACGGAGACGUCCCGCUCAACGUCGCCGGGUGGCUGCAGCACUACCACCCGGACUUCGUGCUCCAGGCACUGCCGGCAGCUCAGCACGACAUCAUCGAGGAGGUCAAAGAAUCGAUGCGCGCUGAACCAACUCCGCCACUCCCGCUGUCAUCAUCACCAUCGCCGGAGGACAUCGCUACCGAAAAGUGGAUCGACGUCACCUCGGCCAUUGUCGCAGACACAACGACGUUCACCAUCACACGUAUACGUUACCGUCGCCUAAUGAAGCUGACGCCGCACACGCAAUCCGUGCAACAGCUGCAGCCUAACAACGCUGCAGUGGUACCGACCCCACUCACGGCCUCAACUACCGCGUCGUCGAACCCGCCGCCGUCGGUGUUUGACGUGCAGCUCAAGGAAGAAUUCAUCGAAGAGCCCGUCGUCGCCUUUGAUGACGUGCUGAUUGAGGCUGUAGAGCGCGUCAUCGCUUCCGCCGGGACCAGCACCGAGACGACUGUGAGCAAAGUUAGCUCGACGAGCUCGUCCAGGUCGACUAGCAAGCGGCGGGAGAGGGAGCGAGAGACGGGGAGGAGGGAUAGCCUCUCGGCCAGCUCAGGGACGGUGUCCGUGUCUACGGAUAUAAGGUGUUCCGGUGCUUCUUCGACGACGCAAGGGCUGCUGCCAGUUUUGGGGACCGGGGGUUCCACGACCCCGCAGGAGGUGCCGCGGUCACAGUGCAAGACUGUCUUGCUGGGUGCGUUGGAGGAUAUCAUUCAUGACGUUAUUGGGGAGAGAGAGCAGGAGUUAGAAGGGAGCAUUGGAAAUCGGGAGAGGGAAAGUCCCCUGCGCGAGGCGGUCAGGGGCUGGAUAGAGAGCGUGGAUUUUGGGGCUGGCGGCGAUUGA